AUUCUUAGCCAAUUCCAAUAUGGUGGAAGCACGGUACUAUGAUGAAGACGUAGGAACCAUCCGUUUCUUCGGCAUGGAUAGACAAGGAAAACCUUGUGGAAUCACUGCUUGCAACAAGCCUACCUUGGCUAAGUAUGUGGUUGACAAGGUGGUACAUGAAGGUGAAGAGGAUACCCAUACCGACGGAGUCAUAAUGGAGGAGUUAGAUCUAGCCCCUGCAAAGCUGGAUGGCCUCAGGGUCGAUGUACAAGAUCCAUUGAAGGAAGUUAAUCUGGGAACGGAGGCAGAACCACGCAUUACUUUUGUCAAUGGCUUGCUGCCGCCAGAGAUGCGAGAUAAAAUAAUUUGUGUACUACAUGAAUUCAAACACUGCUUUGCCUGGGAUUAUUCUAAGAUGCCAGGUUUAAACAAAGAGUUGGUAGAGCAUAGACUACCAAUCAACAAAGGAUAUAAGCCACACAAACAGCCGCCACGCCGUAUGUCUCCAGAAGUGAUUUUGAAGGUGAAGGAAGAAGUGGAGCGGCUGCAUAAAGUUGGUUUUAUACGGACAGCCAGGUACUCAAAACGGUUGUCUAAUAUUGUUCCAGUAGUGAAGAAGAAUGGAAAGCUCAGAGUUUGCAUUGAUUUUCGGAACUUAAAUCUAGCCACACCAAAGGAUGAAUACUCCAUGCCAGUAGCAGAUUUACUUGUUGAUGGGGUUGCACGCCAUCGCAUUUUAUCUUUUAUGGAUGGACAUAGUGGCUAUAAUCAGAUCUUUAUUGUAGAGGAAGACAUAAGUAAAACGACGUUUCGUUGCCCUGGAAACAUAAAUUUUAAAUGGGAGAGGCAGCACCAAGCCGCCUUUGAUGCCAUCAAGGAAUACUUGUCCAAGCCACCUGUGUUGGUUCUUCUAGUUAAGAAUAAACCUUUAUUGCUCACUGAUCAAGCCUCUGGGGCUAGGAUUAUUAUUGUUUCUCCAGAUGGCAUAAAAACCCAAUGGUGUUUUCAAUUGGAUUUUGAAUGCACUAAUAACCAAGCAGAAUAUGAAGCUUUGGUAAUUGGCCUUGAGUUGUUGGUAGAGUUGAAGGUGCCAUCGGUUGAAAUUGUGGGUGAUUCUCAAUUAGUUCUCAAGCAAUUGAGUGGCGAAUACAAGUAUACAAGCGUGCUUUUGUCUCCAUAUUUUGCCACUGCCAUCCAACUACUGGAGGAAUUUGAUGAUGUCUCCCUGAAGCAUAUUCCUCGCAACAUGAAUAUUGAAGCAAAUGAACUUGCGCAGAUUGCUUCAGGUGUAAAAAUGCCUGAAGGCAUCUUGGAGAAAGUCAUCGUCAUCGAAAAACGUAUGCUGCCUUCAAUUCAUCAAAGAGGAAUAACGGUGGAAGCAUGCUCACUAGAUGUCACACCUACAGACUGGAGGCAUCCAAUAAUAGAACAUUUGAGGAAUCCCAAUUCUAAAACAUCAAGGAGAACAAGGAUGCAAGCUUUAAACUAUGUGCUACUCGGGGAUGUUCUGUAUCGUAAGGGGCAGGAUGAAUUAUUAUUGCGCUACCUCGGUCCUGAUGAAAGUUGCCAUGUGAUGUCAGAUGUUCAUAAUGGUAUUUGCGGUGCUCAUCAGGCAGGGAUUAAGAUGAGAUGGCUAAUUUGAAGGCAUGGUUUCUUUUGGCCAUCUAUUCUUAAGGAUUGCAUCAAUUAUGCGAAGGGCUGCAGAGCUUGUCAGCUGCAUGGUCCUUUGCAGCGAGCGCCAGCUUCUGAGUUACAUCCUAUUGUCAAGCCAUGACUUUUUCAUG